CACAAACCUGGUCUCUCUGUGCAAACACACCCAUAGAAGGCAGUGGAAAGAGAAGGAACUGGAAAGGCCAUUAAAGAGCAGCGGGCCACUUUAUUAUUCGUUUUCAGUGGAAUAAGAAACAACAGCACUGAUACCCAACGUGCAGGCAUCCGAAACGGCGGCGGACGGCGUACUUUGCGUAAAGGAAUCGGAUCUGUGUUUGACAUUGCAGAAGAUCGAGUACUAUCUGCUUUAAAUUUUCCUGUCAAGUAAGGGAAAGAUGAAGAGCGUUACGAGCUGUGUCGGCACACUUGUGGUGCUGAUACUGUGUCGGGUGGGAGAGAUCGCAGAAGCGUGCAGUUGUUCUCCCGUUCAUCCUCAACAGGCGUUCUGCAGUGCUGAUGUCGUAAUCAGGGCCAAGGUCGUUGGGAAAAAAGAAGUGGAUUCUGGGAAUGACAUUUAUGGGAAUCCUAUCAAACGACUCCAGUAUGAGAUCAAGCAGAUUAAGAUGUUCAAAGGUCCGGAUUACCACAUCGACUUGGUUUUCACCGCGCCCUCAUCUGCCGUGUGCGGGGUGACAAAUUUGGAAACUAAUGGAAAGAAGGAGUACCUCAUCUCAGGAAAGGCAGAGUCCAAUGGCAAAAUGCAUGUGACUCUCUGUGACCUCAUCAUGCCCUGGGAGUCCAUGAGUGCCACCCAGAAAAAGAGUCUUAGUCAGCGCUACGAGAUGGGGUGUGACUGCAAGAUCACACGCUGUUCGACCUUCCCAUGCGAGAUCGUUGCCCCUGAGGAGUGUCUGUGGACGGAUUGGGUGACGGAGAAGAUCAUUCACGGGCGCCAGUCCGACCACUACGCCUGCAUCAAGAGAGGAGACGGCUCCUGCGCUUGGUAUCGUGGAGCCGCUCCUCCCAAGAAGGAGUUUCUGGACGUGGAGGACCCUUAAUCUGUCUCUCCCUCCCUCUCCACAUCACCCGAUCCGAAGUUCUUACAAAUAUCAUAGAUAAGAUGUAAGUUAAUAUCAACAUAAAGACAAAACUCUACCAAAUUGAAAUGUUAAGGCUAGAUUAGUGUAACGUCUUCAUUAGAUACAGACUGGAGUGAACUGGCACUCAGAAAACACACCCCAUUGUGUGAGGGACAAUCUUUAAAUGAGAGCACUUUCUGGCCCCGACAGCGCUUAGAUUUCUCUCUGCAAAUAGGACUUCAUGACGUCUAUCAUUUCUUGCAAAACUGCAGUCUCUCAAUUUCUGGCAUUUCGGUCCAAACCCACGUGGGGCGACAGUGACAGUAUUACUUUUGAAGGUAGUGUAAUUUCCAUGCCAAUUGGUCCAGAUAAAUGGUGAGGCGGGACUUCCCAGAUUGUACGAUAUUAUUCAAAGGCGUGCUGGGACCAGCAACUUGAGGAAAAAGGAAAAUUAAAAACCAAAAUCAAUGAAUUUGUGAGGGAAAGAAAAUAGUGCUGCUGACCAAAUUUACAUAAUGUUGAACUGUUGUAUAUGAAGCUGUUCCUAACUUUAUUCAUCCACUGCUUUACGUCACCAUUGUGCGUAUCUGCUUUAUGGUGUAUCCUUCCUAUAUAUAGAAACGAAGGAAUAACAAUGUAAACAUCUAUUAUCCCGACAACAGUUCUAGUGUUCAUAAAUUGUUUAGCAACAUUCCUCACUGAUUUGAUUUUUUUUAAAUGCGCGUUUGAUUCAAGCAUCCUUAACUUGUUUUGUAAGUACGUCUGUUUUACUUUUCUAAAUCUUCAUUUUGUCUAAAACACACACACACGCGGUGAGUUUAUCUGUCCGAUUUAUGCAUUCAUUCUGCCGGUAAUGAGUUGAACUUGUUGCACUUUUUUAAGAAUAUUAUUAAAUACAAAACCAGGCGUGCUUUCGCUUUUUGUAACUCCGCUUCUUUCACAAUAGCACAUUUAAAUGCUUUCAUGCAGUUAUUAAGGUCCCAGUGAGCUCCUUUACCUUGUGUAUUGUUGUAUAAUGUGUCAUUUGUUGAUGUGCCCAAAAAGGUGCAUGAGACUUUAGUUGCCAUGGUAACGGGAAGACCCAUAGUGUUGCUCGAGGUUGAUUGGAUUGGCAUGCAAUGAUACAGACCUAUAGCAUGCUCCGAAUCUCCGCAUGGAAAGAGAAAACAGUGACAUAGGUUCCUUUCUCAGGUAAUGUCUAUAAACUCAGGAGUUUAUUGGCAGCUUGAGAGGAAAGCAGAGGGUGUAUCCUGAUUGGGCGUUACCAAGUCAUGUGAUUGACUAAGGGGUAAGGCAUUAGUAUACGAGUUGCUAUGGUCUCCGUCAGGGUAAACCAUGUGGUCAAGUUUGGUCAGAGUGAAUAAGAGCGAGAGAAAACUUGUUUUGUAUGUCAGAUAGUUUAAAGGCAUCACAAUCAUUGUAUAAAAUCAACACAGAGAUAAUUUGUAUUGACAAAGGGACCGUUAUUAUGGGUACUUAAAUUCAUUCCUUUAUAUUUUGGCUAUAAGUAUUAAGCUUUUUUGCUUAAGUGUGAUUUAAAUUAAGAUUUUUUUAAAUAUAUCAAUUUUCUCUUUAUACCAGAAUCAUCAUCAUCAUAAAUAAACAAGCUUGAACUCUUGCGAAUAGACUAUAUACUGUAGAUCUACAAGGUUAAUGUUUAACAUCGAGCUUUAACUACUUAAACCGCUUUGUAUUGUUACUGAACUUAAAUGGCGUAAGUUAAAUGAUUUUGUUAUCACGUUUUUACUUUUUUUAAUAUGUGUAUACCUUUGAUUUAUAUGAUCAUGGUGUUAUUUUUACUUGUCUUUUGUCUUUCUCUUUACUGAUUUUGCAGAAAAGUACAAGAAUGUGAGCUCUUGUGUCUGAACCACAUGAGUGAGUUUGUGGUAAAAAAUCCAGACUAUGCAUGUGUUUGAUACUUUCUGUAAUUCCCAUGUGGAUGUUCACUUGACAGAUAAAUAUACAGUAUUACCAAAUAAAACAUUAAACUACA